GCUGCACUCUGCAUCUGCAUGCACCGCAUGAGCUGUGCAUUGUGGGUUGUACGACAGCACGGAAAGCUCAAAUAAAUAUGGGUGAUCCUAUCUUACUUUCCCUGCACUUUCGGACGGGUGCCACUUCACAACUCCUUGCCGCGAAUCAACCAGUUGAAGAUGUCAGCAAGCCCAGGAGCUAAGGGUUGGUGCACAGUUGCGGGAGGAAUAGAGUCGAGAAUAUCUUGAGGAAGGGAAUGGAUGGAAGCAAGAGCUUGGAAGGUGCUUGGGGGCAAGGGUGCUGCUGGGGCCACUGGAGAAGUCGAGACUUGAGAAGAUUUAGAUGAUAAGGAUACUUUCCUGCGCCAGAACCGACACUUAUAUGCUCUUGGUCCACCGGGAGCUUGUAAUGAGAAGGAAUCACGUUAAUUAUGUGCUUGCAUCAGCAUGGGUACCAUUCGGAAGAGCCUCACCGUUGGGAGCAGGGCGCGCAAACGCUCGAAAAGGGCUCGAUUCGCAGAGGUGGAGGCACAUUCCAACCCACCAGUUGCAAGUGAAGAAGGUUGUUACGGCAAACGUUGAUGCGGUGACCGCCCUUUCCCUCUCGCGCGACGUAGCGACGUCGCGUCUACUUCACUCCAAAACCUCGUCACGCAACAACAACCUCGACAGUCGACCACAACAAAACGCGCUACGCCCUCUCUCGCCAGACCAUCACCCCGCGCCCACACAAGCUGACCUCCCCCCUCCUCCUCCUCCUACUACGAUCUUUCCGCCCGUAUCGACCGCCCCGCCGGGCACGCUGCAGGCAUUUAAAACCAGUCUCCACUGUUGCUCUUCGGCAAGAUGGCUCGCGCAAGCUUCAUGGUCGAUAGCGCAGUGCAGUCUAUUGCUUAUGUGCCUAUGCCAAAAGACUUACUUGACGCUCCUCCCACUGUGCCGCCUGCGCUUAAGGUAGCAACAGCCAUUGUAGCACUAGCCAUCCAGAGUGUAACUCUGGAAAAUUUUGCCGACGCCUGGCACGAAGAUAGCCUCGGCAGUACCGGUCAUGGCAACAUCUAUUUUUGGUCUCACCAUUGGCGCUUUUGGACCUGUAGCUACGAUAAUACCGUAUGGCUAUAGGCAGAAAGGAUCUUGAAGCUCUAUCAAGCGAUGGAACAUCGUGUGCGCCAAGAAUCAUAUU